CCCUCACCAUCAAACACGCUUUCUUUCAAUUAAAACAUUCACUUCUAAGUUAAAUUAAAUCAAUUUUUUGUUCCGUAUACACAAAGCUAAAGAAAAUGGAGUCCCUCACUUUGACUGCUUUGUUAAACAAAUCAGCCAAGGAUUUCCCAAAUCGUCGCGCUAUAUCACUCUCUGGCAGACUCGAUUUAACACACGCGCAAUUGCAACAGAUUGUCGAUCAUGCCGCCUCUCUACUUAUCUCCGCCGGCAUCAAUCCCGGUGAUGUCGUCGCUCUCACCUUCCCCAACACCAUCGAGUUUGUGGUCAUGUUUCUGGCUGUAAUUCGUUGCCGAGCCACAGCUGCGCCGUUAAACCAGGCUUACACAGCCGAGGAGUUCGAGUUUUACCUCUCCGACUCAGGAUCAAAACUCCUAAUCAUGCCACAAGAGCCAAUCCUACCGGCACUAACCGCGGCUUCUAAGCUCAAAAUCCCUCACGUGACAUCCACGCUUGACAUCCAAUCCAAAAGAGUAACUCUCUCAACCGAGUCAGAAUCAGUACCUGACGCUGUUGACGAUGUCGUCAACGACUCAUCUGACGUGGCUUUGUUCUUACACACUUCUGGCACCACGAGCCGGCCCAAAGGCGUUCCUUUGACUCAGCUGAAUUUGGCCUCUUCGGUUUUGAACAUAAAAUCGGUUUACAAACUCACCGAGUCUGACUCCACUGUCCUCGUGUUGCCGCUAUUUCACGUGCAUGGAUUAUUAGCUGGGUUAUUGAGCUCACUAGUGGCUGGAGCCGCCGUAGCUCUUCCAGCCGCCGGGAGAUUUUCUGCUUCAACAUUUUGGAAAGACAUGGUUUCAUAUAAUGCCACGUGGUACACUGCAGUCCCGACAAUUCAUCAAAUUAUUCUCGACCGCCAUGUCAGCAAGCCAGAGCCGGCUUACCCCAAGCUAAGGUUUAUCAGGAGCUGUAGCGCUUCUUUGGCGCCGGUUAUCAUGGAACGGCUAGAGGAGGCCUUUGGCGCACCGGUUUUGGAGGCUUAUGCAAUGACUGAGGCAGCUCAUUUAAUGGCUUCCAACCCGUUACCCGAAGAUGGCCCCCAUAAACCCGGGUCGGUCGGACGACCCAUUGGGCAGGAAAUGGCCAUUUUAAAUGAGAAUGGGGUGGUUCAACCGGUUGGAGUUAGUGGCGAGGUGUGUAUUAGAGGGCCUAAUGUGACCAAGGGUUAUGAGAAUAAUCCUGAAGGCAAUAAGGCUGCUUUUCAAUUCGGGUGGUUCCAUACAGGGGAUGUCGGUUUUCUUGAUGAGGAUGGAUUUUUGCACCUUGUCGGUCGGAUCAAGGAGCUUAUUAACCGUGGAGGGGAGAAGAUAUCACCAAUUGAAGUGGAUGCAGUACUUUUGUCUCAUCCUAACAUUGCUCAGGCUGUCGCCUUCGGAGUUCCGGAUGAAAAAUAUGGGGAAGAGAUAAAUUGUGCCAUAAUUCCAAGGAAAGGAUCGAACAUUGAUGAAGAUGAGGUGCUCAGCUUCUGCAAGAAAAAUCUUGCAACUUUCAAGGUUCCCAAGAAGGUAUUCAUCACUGAUUCACUCCCGAAAACCGCCACCGGAAAGAUUCAGCGUAGGCUUGUAGCGGAGCAUUUUCUUGCUCAAAUCUCCACCGCUAAAGUACCCAAGUUUGGAGCUUAAUUAAUCAGCUAUUCUUCAUUCUUUCAACGUUUUAAUUACUCAUAUGUUCAUAUUGGUUGAUUACAGCAGACAUGACACGAUUAGUUCUACUACCAUUUGUAUUGUCACACAAUGGUUUGCUAUUAAAUAUAGCACCCACGGAAAUUACUUUCUUAUGUAAUGUAUACAAAUAUUUAGCAAAACUUUUGCAGUUUAUUAUAUGCCAAUGUCAUGUUGGCAAGCUAAUGUCAACAUGUUACUAAUGACACCCCCAAAUUCAGAUUUAAA